GGAAAUUCCUAAUAUUAUUCAAGCAAAACAGCCGAGUCCUAUAGGACCACAGUUAUAUAGAAGCACAUGGUUAAAUAGGAAUGCAGUGUGCCUACCAGAACAGUGUCUUAGAGAGGGGUCAGGAAAAUGAAGGGCAGAACAAUUAACUGAAAACAUAAAAGAAUUAUGGGGCAUAAAUUGAUUUCAGCUGGGGAAGUACUAGAUGUGGCGAAUACUGAUUUAUCUGGAGAAGAGCUAUGGAAUAGACGAAAGGUGGUUAUAACAGACGAUAUUUUGCUCUUUGUUAUUCUGCAGACUGGGGAGUGAUGGAAAGGGAGAACAGCACAGUCGUGAAAGAAUUCAUCCUCCUUGGUCUCACUCAGUCUCAAGAUGCUCAACUCCUGGUCUUUGCACUAGUCUUAAUUUUCUACCUCAUCAUCCUCCCUGGAAAUUUCCUCAUCAUCCUCACCAUCAGGUCAGACCCUGGCCUCACGGCCCCUCUCUACUUCUUUCUGGGCAACUUGGCCUUCCUGGAUGCAUCCUACUCCUUCAUUGUGGCUCCCAGGAUGCUAGUGGACUUCCUCUCCGAGAAGAAGGUGAUCUCCUAUAGAGGCUGCAUCACUCAGCUCUUUUUCUUGCACUUCCUUGGAGCAGGGGAGAUGUUCCUUCUAGUUGUGAUGGCCUUUGACCGCUACAUUGCCAUCUGCCGUCCUUUACACUACUCAACUGUCAUGAACCCGAGAGCCUGCCAUGUCUUGCUGUUGGUUUUGUGGCUUGGGGGCUUUACUCAUUCCAUUGUACAAGUGGCCCUUAUUCUCCACUUGCCCUUCUGUGGCCCAAACCAGUUGGACAACUUCUUCUGUGAUGUGCCACAGGUCAUCAAGCUGGCCUGCACUGACACCUUUGUGGUGGAGCUCCUGAUGGUCUCCAACAGUGGCCUGCUCACCCUCUUGUGCUUUCUGGGGCUUCUGGCCUCCUAUGCAGUCAUCCUCUGCCAUGUCAAGGGGCACUCUUCAGAAGGGAAGAGCAAGGCUCUUUCCACAUGUACCACACACAUUAUCAUUGUGUUUCUCAUGUUUGGACCUGCCAUCUUCAUCUACACUCGCCCCUUUAAUGCCUUCCCAGCUGACAAAGUAGUUUCUCUUUUUCACACUGUAAUCUUUCCUUUGAUGAACCCUGUGAUUUAUACCCUUCGCAACCAGGAAGUGAAAGCCUCCAUGAGGAGACAACUGAGUCGGCACAUGCUUUGCUAAAUGCAACUGAAAAGUGAGAAAAGCCAGAAAGGAGAAAGUUCAUUUGGAAUUAAUUAAAUUAUUUAUUUAUUAAUGCACUGAAUCAGUCAGU